AUGCUGCGCUGCUGCCGCCGCGCUCUGGAGGGCAACAAACAGCUCUCGCCCGAGUACCUGGUCCGGUCCCUCAAGGAACACGGCACCAGCGCCUUCUUUGGGAUGCCCGACUACUACUUGUGCCCCCUCACCUCGUACCUGGCUGAUAGCACGGCAGCGGGCGAGUACGUGAUGGCGACCAACUGCGGCAACGCCAUGGCGAUGGCGGCCGGUUACUACCUGUCCACCCUGCGCACCCCAUGCGUGUUCAUGCAGAACAGCGGGAUAGGGGACUCCAUGAACCCCUUGCUGACCCUUUUCAACCAGGAUGCCUACCGCAUGCCAUGCUUGAUGCUCAUCAGCUGGCGCGGUAAGCUCGACACCGCGGACGAGCAGGUGAAGCCGGGGCUGGUUGCACAGGGCCGACUGACGGAACACUGUUUGGCCGCCGUCGGCGUUCCGUACGCGAUCAUGGGGAACAGCCUCGAUGUUGCAAUGAACUGGGACGUGACAAUGGACAAGGCGUACCACCACUUGGCCUCCGAGAAGACACCGUUCGCGGUGCUGCUGGAGCCCGGAACUCUGGCGCCGUACACGCAGCGACGUCCAGACGCGGACGCGCUUCCCACGGCGCCACUUGACCAUGACGCGGUCGCCAAUCAAGUGUGUCGCCAGUUCAAUGCAACGGACGCGUUCGUGUGCAGCUGCGGGAGCGUGCAGGAGUCUCUGCGCCGCGCGCGGGCGACGGUUUCCGGCGACACAGCCGCGCAGGACCUUCUGCUGGCAGACUCGCCGGGUCACGCGGCAGGCGUGGCGACGGGUAUUGCCUUGUCGCGACCGUCGCUGCAGGUCGUCUGCAUCGAGGGCGACGGGGCGGCCCUUGUACACCUUAACGCGAUGGCGACGAACGGUGGCCUCAAAGCGAUGAGGGACGUCACCACCGGUGCUGGACUGCUGCAGAACUUCAAGCAUAUCGUGGUUAACGAUGGCUGUUACUCGAUGGAGGGCGGCCAUACCACGGCGGCCUUUGAUGCCUCGCUGACGGGCGUGGCCAAGGCCUGCGGGUACUUUGCCGUGCGCGAGGAACCUGUGAUCGAGCUUGGUGAUCUUGUCGCUUCUUUGGCUGAGCUGCGUCAGUGCGACGGGCCAGCCUUUGUGGAGGUGGUGGUGAGCAAGACGAGGACCUCGUCUGCUGAGGGGAAGGUGCGUCGAAAUCUGCAGGCGGAGAAGCUUCGCUUUUCCGAAUUCUUGAAUCGACCUAAUGCGUAA